CUCUCAGUAACAAGUGUAAUAACAUAAAUAUCAUAUAAAUAAAUUUGCUAAAACAGUGACAGUAAUUGUACAUAAUGGAGUAGGCAUAAAUAUAAAAAGCAAAUAACAUCUCAAAAUAUCAGGAUUUAUACCAAAUAAUUUAAAUAAAUAUUUACAAUUAUAAUAACACUAUUAAAUCGACAAAUUAUAUAAAAAUGUCUGAUACCCGUAAUUUCAUAGCUGCCAUUAAUGAAGUUAACAUUGAUAAACUUAAAUCAUUGAUAACUUCCACAUCGACUUCACUUUCAACAUGGCCGGAUAGUUUUGCGAUUCUCUACCAAGCGGUAAAGCUUAACCACAAGGAUAUAAUAGACUACUUGCUGCACAACAACGCUCACGUUAACAAAGUAAACAGCUAUUGGUCCCAAUUGAUAACCAACAAGAGUACGCCGUUGCAUGCCGCCGUCAAAAACAAGAACGCUAGUGUCGUACAGCAGCUAUUAGACAAAGGAGCCAAUCCGAAUGCUCAGGAUGUUUUGGGUAAGACGCCAUUACGUUACGCAAUUGAGUCUAAUGAUAUCAAAAUGGUGGAUCUUUUGAUUCCUUAUUCGGACAUUAAUUUAGCGGACAAUUAUGAUCAAACUCCGGUUUAUAUUGCUGUUAAAAAGGGUUAUCUUGAUUUAGCGAAACAUCUUUUGGCUCAUCAAGCAACUGCUAAUUGUAUUAGUAAUUAUAGGUGUGAAAAACAUCAUACUCCUUUGCAUGCGGCGGUCAAUAAUGGGCAGGCUGAUUUAGUUAACUUGUUAAUUGCUCAUAAAGCGAACAUUGAAGCACGUAAUGCUAAUAAUAUGACAUCAUUGCAUAUAGCUAUUGAUCAAAAUAGUUUGGAAAUAGCGGAAUGUUUGUUAGCAGCUGGGGCAGAUGUUAAUGCGGUUUGCAGAUUAAAUUGCCGUGAAAACUGUUCAGCGCUUUGUCUGGCUGCGAUGAAUGGCAAUGAUGAUAUGGUUCAGUUGUUGCUAGCCCAUGGCGCAGAUAUAAACGCUAAGAAAUCAAGUAGCAUUGUUCCGCUUCAUGCUGCAGUGCGUAAAGAACAUUUGGCGACUGUUGAAUGCCUUUUGGCUCUUGGGGCAGAUAUUCAUAAGCGAGGGGUUGAUAGAUGUACGGUCUUACACACGGCGACUUGUAAUAAAAGCAUUGAAGUUGCUGAAUUUUUAAUUAGCAAAGGCGCUUCUGUUAAUGGACGCGACAUCAAUGGUGUGACUCCUCUGCAUAUGGCAGUUCUGGAAAAUAACCUGGGAUUGGUUGAAUUUCUGCUGGAGCACGAUGCAGACAUCAAUGCAACGGGUAAUUUGUUUUUUAAAGACUGUACUCCGUUGCAUUUAGCUGUUACUUAUUGCGCCAAAGACAUGGUCCAGUUACUGGUGUCUAGAGGCGCUAGGAUUGAUGGUCCAAGUGCUAGAGUUGAUGGCCCCAGUCAUAAAGCUGAUGGAACAGGUCCCAGGAUUGAUAGUUCCGGUCCCAGGACCCCUCCAGCUACCAAAACAUCUGGUCCAAAUGCCAAGGCUGAUGGUCCCGGUUCCAAGACCCCUCCUAGCACUAAAACAGGUCCAGGAACCAAAACACCUCUGCGUAUGGCCAUUGAUGGUAACCAUUUAUCAAUAGUUCAGUGCCUUGUUGAGCAUGGGACUAUCGAUGAACGUACAACAGCAAUUCAUCUUGCUGUGGAAUCUGACAACAAUGAAGUCGUAAAGCUUCUUCUUAAAGCCGGUGUUUACAUCAACACUAAAGACGCAACCGGUCGUACUCCCUGCCAUUUAUCAGCAGCCAAUGGCUAUCAAGGCAUACUGCAAACAAUUCUUGAAUUCGGUGGUGAUGUCAAUGCACGUGAUGUUGCUGGACGCACUCCACUGCAUUAUGCCGUCCAACGGUCCCAACUUCCGGUUAUCUUAAUGCUCCUAAAGUACGGAGCCAAUAUAAACUGCCUGGACAAUGAUAAACAAAGUCCGCUUUUAACUGCCUUCAAUUCCAGCGCUUCUAGAGCACUAUUCGGUGAUACUUCAAUCGAAGAUUUGGAUUUGAUGCUACUCCUUGCUCAGCAUCCUAAAGAACCAUUGCUUAAGGUGUUACAUCUUCUGAUAAAGCAUAUAGUGAUGCUAAAAAUGGCCCAAUUGUAUGUUUGCAAAGAGAAUCUUAAUUCAGUACCGCGUAAAUUUGAAGAAGUAUUUGCUGAUGAAUGUAAAAUUGAAGUUGAUAAAAUGAAAAGAGAACGAGUAUUUAAGAAAAUUACUUGCUGGGAUUUAUUACGAAUAACUGAUAAUUACUGUGCUAAGUUAGCAAACAAAAUUGAUUUAUUGGGAUUACUUAAUUCAGGUGAAUAUAAAAGCAAGUUUCCUAUUUACUAUCCCAUGAUAAUGAACCAAAUGCUGAAAGCAAUUGAAAGAAGUAAAUUAUUGAAACGCACAGAAGAUUUAUGUGAAUUUUUAGUUGAUAGCUUUAAUAUGCCUUAUCAUUGCAUUGAAUUAAUAGUUAGGCAUUUGGGUACCGAUGAUUUGCGAAUGCAUGUUAACACUGCGGAGCUAAGGGCUGAAGAUUAUCAGCACUGGGAAGAAAUGGCUGAAGAAUUUGAAGACCGGCGAAGAAGACAAGACAAUAUUAUAUUGUUUGGAGUUCCUGAAACGGGAACGGGAAUUGAUGCUCGAGGGAACAAUGACGAGGAAUUGGUUGGAAGAAUACUCCAUGGGUUGAAGCAAGUGGUACCUGAUGCAAAAUGCUCUAGGAUUGGAGAAUUUGAAACUGGAGUUCCAAGACCGCUGAGGGUUGUCGUGGGUGAAGACAAAGUUGAUGCACUAUUGUUGGAACACAGCAGACUCAGAAGAUUGAUGAUGCUGCCCACUGUCUUGCAGGGGAUCGUUAUCACCAGAGAUUUGACGGUAAUGCAAAGAGAGCAGGGAAGAGUUAAAAGGGAGAGCAAGAGAAAAACUGCAAGGAGAUCUAGGUGACGGGGUUCGGAUUUGAGAUUUGAAUUAAAAUUUUUUGAAAUUAGUCCUUGGAUUAAAAUUUUUUAUUUUCAAAUCUCGUUAUUUGAAGUCAUCAAUUUUAGGGAGGUUCCGAUCCUCGAUUUUGUUUUGAAAAUUUUUUUUAUUUUUUAAUUUAUUCUUUGAACUAAUUAUUAUUAUUUUUUUUUUAAUUUUAUCAAAAUAUUUUUUUUGUAAUUUUUAAAAAUAUCAAGAAUUGUUUAUUUUUUUAAAAAUUAUUUAUUAUUUAUUACAGUAUAGAAGUAACAUGUAUAAGUAAUUAUUGUUCAUAUAUAUCCAAAAUAAUAUAUAUAUAUAUACAUGAAACUUUACAUAUGUAUAAAGUUAAAUUACAUAUAUAUGAUAAUUAAUAAUAGUAUCGAAUUUUAAAUAA